CACAGAGGCAUCUGCUGGAGAAAGUUCUGCGGUGCAGGAAGGAAGCCUUUUGUGGUCGUUAUAUAAUAAAAAGAAAGUUAAAGUUGUAGGAGUGAUGACGGUAUUUUGACCAAUUUAAGACAUAGGUGUGGCUUUCAUGCACUGAAGUGCUAAAGACGAUUUUACCUUAUGAUCACAGAACCACUGCACGUGACUUUGAUGCGACAACACGUGAAGAAGCAAAUGGGAUUCUAACCUAAACCCCUAAAUCUCGUAUUAUUUUGUUUCGAAAAUGUUACGAGUAUGGACUCCGAAUAUCUCCAUGAGUUUGCAGAGAAAAUACUUUCGGAGUGUGAGUUAUUUCGAACCCCAGAAGAAGUGUAAACAGUAUUCAGACGCAAGUUACUUAGAAGUCCUUCCAAGAUUGGGCAUUUGGUGCCAUCUUUCAAGAAUACAAUCACCGAUUAGAAAUCCCGACCCAUUACAUAAUAAAAAUAGUAUUAUUUGCUGUUCUACGAGAAAUACAUCGUACUCAAAUUCACUUUACAAUAAUGUACAGUAUAGACAAUUGACAUUUACUUCAAAUUACAAUAUAAAAAGCAUACUGUCAGCCUCAAGUGUUCACCCACAUUUUCAGAUUAGGCACAUUUCAGGGCAGUCUGGGGAAGAAACUGUAGGGAUAUGGACUCGUGUGUUCUUCUGGUUGUCAGGAAGCACACCGGUUGGCUAUGCUCAAGACUUUCUGUUAUUUCUGCAUAAUUCAACUGGCCUUCCAUGGUGGACAACUGUCAUUCUGGCAACUGUUUUUCUCCGCACUGCUGUAACACUUCCUUUCGCAGUGUAUCAGAAUUACAUUCUUGCUAAGGUUGAAAACCUGCAUCUUCUUGAGAUGCCUGAAAUUGUGAAGGAGCUGAAGAAAGAAACUGCAAUUGCAAUGAAGAAAUUCAAUUGGACGGAGAAGCAAGCACGGACAAUAUAUAAUCGAUCUCUACGGAAACAGUGGAAUAAUCUCAUAAUCCGAGACAACUGCCAUCCAUUGAAAGCUUCUAUUCUUCUGUGGGUACAGUUUCCCAUGUGGAUUUUCCUGUCGGUUGCAUUGAGAAAUUUGGUUUACAUGCUGCCUCACAAUGAUGGAUCUGCAUUGGUCACUUACAUGGAACUGAGUGUUGGAGGCUUUGGUUGGAUUCCAAAUCUGCUUGUUCCUGAUGAAUCUCUUAUCCUGCCAGUUGCCCUGGGGCUUAUCAAUCUUGCCAUAGUUGAGCUUCAAGUCAUGUCCAAAAUAACGACAACGAGCAAACUGCAGAAGUAUCUGACACAUUUCUUUCGAUUUCUCAGCAUUGCCAUGAUACCAAUUGCAGCUUCUGUUCCCUCGUGCUUGAACUUGUACUGGGUGACUUCAAGCAUGUAUGGACUUGUGCAGAACUUGAUUCUUCUUUCUCCUCGCGUGAAAAGACUUUGCUGUAUCCCAGAGACACCCAGUCAGCUCAGCAGUCCUUAUAAACACAUAGCCUCUGAGAUCAGACAUCGAGCUAAUUGGAUCCCAGCUUGGUGGAAAUCUCAAACUAAGAAUUAGAUGGUUUCAGAAACUGAAGACAGGAGGAAGCAUAGUGGCUUUACAGGUUUAUACUUAGGUUGUAAUGCUGAUAUUUGUAGAUUUUUCUGCAGUCUCUUUACAUCAUGUAUAAAGAGCCAUGUUUCUUCACAUGCUAGCAUGUAAUGACUCAGCAGCACUGUUCACAACUUGGUACAGCUUGGAGAACAUAGCUAUAUUUUGCAGAAUCUUAUGGGAAAUAUUACAUUUAAAAUAGGCAAUUUUUUACAUAUAAUCAACAGAUGUCCUGCUCUUCCAAGAAAAUAUUUCUGUAUGAGUGCAAGAGCUGCAGUGCUGCAAAGUUUGAACUCAUAAUAAUGCAAGUUCUAUGGAAAGAGAUUGCUAGCAUGCAAUGCAUUAUGUUGGACACCACAACAAAAGGGUUAAGCAAAUACCAGGUUAAUGAAAAUGUCACAUUUACAAGUAUUCAUACCCCAGAACUAAACAGAAUUGAGUUAUUAUAACAAAUAUGACAUUUUAUGAUGCACCUAAAAUCACUUAAUGGAUUAAACAGCUACAAUCCACUGAUUGACAAACACUUUGUAAGUGACCAUGAAAUAAGGAAAUCAUACCUUGUUUCAUUUAGUAGAACAUGAUAUAUUACUAUUAUAGUCUUAUAUCUAAAAGGUUCACAUUUUGUAUACUUUUUAUGCUUUAUUUAAUGAUGCUGUCAGACUAUAUGGCAUUCAGUGGUAGGAUGAUUAAUAAAUUGUAAACUGGAGAAAGAUAUUGAAGGAAGUGGCCAUGGCCUAAUUUAAAGUAGUAUCCAAACCUUUACAUCAGUAGACUGAGGAAGACCAUGAAGUACUUCACUAAGGAUAGCUAGUCUCUGGGCCAGUGCUUUGAACCUGGAACCUCCUGAAUACAAAGUAGGUGUGCUAACCACUCAGUUAUAUUACUUGAUUAUAUUUUAUGUAACUGUAUUAAAAUAGAAAAUACUAUUACCAACUUGCAGUAUUUAAGUGCGUCUUCUUUUGUUAAAGCAGGUGGUACACUGGACUUUAAAGAUUUAGUUUACUGUCUUGUAAGAAAAUUCUCAGUACUGUGUUCUUGUGCUGAAUAUUUCAGUAGUUGUUUUACAAGUUCAUAUAUGACUUCUUAAUUCAGAGAACCCAUUCAAGGAAAUUAUUCCUUAUUGAUACUUUGGUACUGUGCCAAAUAUUUUGCGUGGACUUCAGCCAGUGAAGAGAUAAUAAAGAUAUAAAGGUCACGUCCUUUAGCCCUGUUAUUGUAGCUCUACUUUGAACUCAUUUGUUACGUAUGGUGUUAGUUUCUUUAUUUUGUUCCAGUUCUGUCUGCAUGUAGGUGAAACGGUCGAAGUUAUUUUGAAUCCUCUGGUGAUGGAUUUUGUUAUUCAGCAAAGAGGAUAACUUUAAAUAGAGAACAGUUAAUGACUGCUGUCUAACAUUUAUUGAAUAAGUGGAGCUUAGACAAAUAUAAACAUGGUGAUUAGAAUACUAGGGGUAUUGAAGGUUUUUCUGCUGAAUGUACUGAUAUGUGUUGCUGUGAGUACAUGCAUGUAGUUUCUCUGAAUAAUAUAGAAAAGGGACAGUUGUGUUUAGUAUUAAUUGAAUAAUCAUGGUAUAUGAUACAGUAUUAGGUCAAAAGGAAGUAUUGAAAUAAAUAAUUAGAACUGUUGUACAUGAUUUCUAUGAGAAAUUUAUAUUUAUUCAUCUGUUCAAGAAAUCUGCUUUUAUGCAAUCAGAAUGUUUAUUACCAUUAAUAUGAGAGCCCACUAAUAUAUCUGAACUUGAACCAGUUCAGUUCAGAUCCUAUUUUCCUACAAAGGAAGUAGAUUUCAAAUGUUGUCCGUAAGGUCGCUUGUAUGAACAUUACAGUCUUAAAAGAAUUUAAAACUUAUAAAUCAGGAGGUGUUGUGACCCAUUUUGUAUGAUUAUCUCUUGAAGGGUCUCCCCAAAUUAGUUGAAUAUGAUCAGUGACACCAAAGUAUAAUAUGACUUAAGACAUUAGCAUAGAUGCACAUAAAAGCAGAGAACUGUAAUUAAUUUCAGGAAAGGAGUCAUCACUGUCGAACAGUAAUAAAAUAUUGUUUAAAUAAAUAUUUUUCAUGCUGA